AUGAUAACUCCAGCUUUUGAACUGACCCAGGAUCCGGAUUUUCUUACAAUAAUAAUAAAAGUACCCUAUGCCAGAGCUUCAGAGUUUGACGUGUAUUUUGAAGGGGAAGAUUUUAAAUUUUAUGCUAAACCCUACUUUCUCAGAUUGACUCUUCCUGGAAGAAUUGUAGAAGAUGGCAGAGAAAAAGCAUCUUAUAAUACAGACAAAGGAACUUUUACAAUCUGUUUACCUAAGGAGAUCCCUGGCCAAUAUUUUGAGGGACUGGACAUGCUGACAUCUCUUUUAGCACCAAAGAAAUCAAGAUCAGCAAAACCUUUAGUAGAAGAGAUAGCUGCCUCUGCUGAGUUGUCUGAGGAGGAGGAGGAAGAAUUUGACUGGGAAAUAGAGCAGACUCCUUACAAAGAAAGUGUAGAAAGCACUCUACCACUCCAGUACCGUUACGGAUUUGGGAACUUGCGGUCCGGGGUGUUCCAGCGGCUGCAG